AUGUCCGGUUACCGUCAAGUACAGAAUGUAUCCUCCUUGAUCUCCACUGUCGAAUCGUUGGAUGGAACUGCAUCGGUCUUUCCUCGAUGGCGUUCUCGUCUUGAAGACGUCCUUGGAAUGCAAAACACACUGGACAUCGUCAAAGGAACCCUACCUCGUCCAAAAGAGGACUCAAAGGACGUUAACACCUCCUCUUCUCGCCCCGUCGAUUCAAAAGGUUACAACCCAAAAGAGAUCAAAGAAGACUGGGAUGCCCUUUCAGAAAUGGCCUGCUCGACUAUCCGGCUCACCUUGACUGAUCCGCUGGCGCAACGAUACCGCAAAGUCAAGCCCGCCUCUCGUCUAUUCAGUACCAUCGUGAACGCCUACGAGAAGAAUACAAGGGCUCGUCGCAUCCGACUACAGGAGUCGUUCUGGACAGCGCGCCAUGACCCUAACAAACCGAUUGCUCUCUGGAUUGGUUGUCUUCGAGUGGCGGCUGAUGAACUCCUCUCGAUCGGAGAACUUCCAACCGAUCGACAAAUCGCCGACCGUCUAGUCGGAGGAUUAGACUCCUCCUGGUCUGCUGUGCGGGAUUCGAUCAUGUACACUGCCAUUGAGAUGUCGUUGGACGACACAAUUGGAGCGCUUGAAGCUCACGAAGUCAGCUUAAAUGGAAACACCCAGCAUGAUCUCGUCUCCGCUGCCUCAGCCAAGCACCUUGCUUGCUCCAACUGCGGAAAACGGGGUCACCGUUCGUCUGAUUGCCGAAAGAAGAAUCACGUGAAAACCAAAGCCGGCGCCGCAACCACUGUCAAGUUAGGAGGAUACGACUCCGGCUCCUUUGAUGAUGAUGAUGAAAUUGGUGUUAUCUACGAGUAA